GGGGAGGAGCUGCGUCCGUGUCUGUGAUUGGUCUGAAACUCGGUUUCGUGCCGGUUUUUUCUGUGACGUCAUCCUGACGCUGUAAAGCAGUGCGGGCUGCAAAGAUGGCGAACAUCAGAAACCUCAAGGGAAUGGUGGGGCUGGUCACAGGAGGUGCCUCGGGUUUGGGCAGGGCUACAGUGGAGCGGUUGAUCAACCACGGAGCGAGCGCUGUAAUCCUUGACCUGCCCAGCUCAGACGGCCACAGUGUGGCUUCAGCUCUCGGAGAGCGCUGUGCAUUCGCUCCAGCUGAUGUAACAUCAGAGUCAGAUGUGCGCUCAGCUGUGGAUUUGGCUAAAGAGAAGUUUGGCCGCCUGGACCUGGCGGUGAACUGCGCUGGUAUUGCUGUCGCCGUUAAGACAUACAACUUCAAAAAGGACGUCCCUCACAGUCUGGAAGACUUCAGUAGGGUCAUCAAUGUAAAUAUUGCAGGCAGCUUUAAUGUAAUAAGGCUGGCAGCAGGGAUGAUGGGCAAGAAUGAGCCAGAUCCGGAUGGACACAGAGGCUGCAUCAUUAACACAGCCAGCGUUGCAGCUUUUGAUGGGCAGGUGGGUCAGGCUGCAUACUCUGCGUCUAAAGGUGGUAUUGUGGGAAUGACUCUUCCAAUUGCUCGAGAUCUCGCUCCUAUGGGCAUCCGUGUUGUCACUAUUGCUCCAGGUUUGUUCUCUACGCCACUGCUGGCUGGUCUGCCUGAGAAGGUGCAGAGUUUUCUCGCACGACAGGUGCCUUUCCCAUCGCGCCUGGGCGAUCCCGCUGAGUUCGCUCACCUCGUGACCGCCAUUGUUGAAAACCCCAUGAUCAAUGGUGAGGUGAUUCGCUUGGAUGGAGCCAUCCGGAUGCAGCCUUAAGAAGGAGAGGGGAAGAGACAACCCUGCAGACUGUGUGUGUGUCUGUGUGUGUGUGUGUAAAAUGGGUUAAUGGAAUUGAGCCAGAUGAGCAUUCCCAGUUUCAGUGUACUGCAGUUCUACUUCUCAGGACUCCCUGAGUUAAGGUUCUUCUGCUUGGUUUUUUUGAAAUCACUGGAAAUCUGUAGAUAUUUUUUAUAAUGCUGCUCUGAUUUUCCAAAAUUCAACCUGUUUGUGUGAGUAAAUUUGCUCUUCAGGCCCGUACCAGGCUUUAUACUGUUCUGGGAAGUGCAGUAAUAAGAUCCUGAUCAGAUUAGAUGCAGGGUGUACUGCAAAUAAUCAAAUAAUAAAUAAUAAAAUAUCUUGCUGAAAAGCU